GCCCGAAGUCCUCAAGGAGGUGCCGGAAAAACCCGAACGGCGCCGGGAGAAACCCGAGCGCUGCCGGAGAAAGCCGAGCGGCGCCGAAGCGGCGGUGCCGAAGCGGCUCGCCGUGAGGGCGGGGUGCCGAGCGCGGCCCGGGCGGAUGUGAGCGGCGCGGCCGCUUCCUGCUCGCCCGCGGCCCGCCCUCCGCUCCCCUCCUCUCCGCUCCGCUCCGCUCCCCGCCUCGGGUGGUGGCCGCUGCCUCGUCCCCGCUGCCAGCCGCAGGGCGGAGGCGGCCGCGACCCGCUGCCCAGACCGCCGCCCGCCCCUCUCCGCUCGGCAGCAAGGCCCCGCCGCGGCGGCGCAGCCCCGAUGCAGGCCAUCAAGUGUGUGGUGGUGGGCGACGGUGCUGUAGGUAAAACAUGCCUACUCAUCAGUUACACAACCAAUGCAUUUCCUGGAGAAUAUAUACCCACCGUUUUUGACAACUACUCCGCUAAUGUAAUGGUUGAUGGAAAACCAGUCAAUCUGGGCUUGUGGGAUACAGCUGGUCAAGAGGACUAUGACAGACUACGCCCACUCUCCUACCCACAAACAGAUGUCUUCUUAAUCUGCUUUUCCCUUGUGAGUCCUGCUUCUUUUGAAAACGUCCGUGCUAAGUGGUAUCCUGAGGUGCGGCACCAUUGCCCCAACACCCCCAUCAUUUUAGUGGGUACCAAACUCGAUCUCCGAGAUGAUAAAGACACUAUUGAAAAGCUGAAGGAGAAGAAGCUGACUCCCAUCACCUACCCACAGGGCCUUGCCAUGGCAAAAGAGAUUGGUGCAGUGAAAUACCUAGAAUGCUCAGCACUUACACAGCGAGGCCUCAAGACAGUGUUUGAUGAAGCUAUCCGAGCAGUUCUUUGCCCCCCUCCUGUAAAGAAGAGGAAGAGAAAAUGUCUGCUGCUGUAAAUGUUACCUUCCCUGCCCCACUCCAACCCUGUGCUUUGCUCAGAACGAUGGAGCAGUCACAUUCAAUGCCAAGUCUUUCUGUUAAAAAUUAGUUCUCUUCCAUAAAUUUUGAACCAAUCAACAAUUUCACGGUUUCAUUUGUUUGACAUAUGAAAGUUAGUUUUCGUUCUACUAAAAGCAGAAUCCUGAAAAGACAAACUUAUAUAAAGCCUUAUUUUUAAAAUCCUAUUCUUGCUCAAUUAAGUAAGUGUUGCCAAACUAUCUGCUGAACUAAGUUGCAUUGUUGUGCUACAACACUAAGCACUAAACUGUUUUUUAAAGAUUCUUCUUGAAAAUGACUCUAAUUUCUGUUAGGAAAUGCAGAAACACUUUCUAGUUUUUCACAGUAACAGUACCGUAUAAUUAGCAAAACACUGCAGCCCGAUGUGUUUUAUUAUUAAAUCGUUUCUCAACCAGGGUCAUUGCAUAGCAUUGUAUAUCAAACCUAAGUCAUUGACGAUGACUGACACCCUUGAGUCACAGUGUAAAAUGCUUUAUCAUUGGUAAGGGCUUGGUUGCAAUCUAGUUCUUGCUGCUGUGAUUUAAAAAAUAAAUAAAUAACUAUUCUUACUGAAGUGUAUCUAGUCCUUUUGACAGCAUUGUGUUGUGAUGGAUAAUUGAAAUAUUGGAUUGGAUCACCUGAUAGUGCCAGACAGUAUUUUGACACUGUACAGAUCAACUUACACUACACUGCCAGAGUAGUUGAAACUGAAGUGACUUUAUUUAAGGUUAAAAUUGGUGACCGUUUUCCCAGUCAUGCAGUAGUGGAAGAGAGGUUGGUGUUCAUAGGUAAAUUCCUUUGAAUUUCAAGUAGGGCAUUCAUUUAGGUACAACUUUGAACAGUCAUUCCCACAAUAGUUGUGUACUAAAUGCUUUUCUUGUAGAAUUUCUUCUUACUGAGCAAUAGAACUUGUAUUUUAAAACCUUUCUGAUGAUAGAAAUUUGCUUUUCUUUUUUUUUUUUUUAGUAGAGUAGAAUGUUCAAGCAUAUCUUCCUUAUUUUCCUGGUAUUUCUGACCCAGUAAGUUAUAUGCUUUCUGAGGAGCUUUUAGUCUAUUAACUAGGUGUAAAAAUCAUGUGAAGCAGCUUUACAUGUUUUAGUAAUUUUUAUAUUUUAGACCUCUAGAAACUAUGAACCUUCUCAAAUAUCACUAUUUGCCAGCUAUCCCCAACACUGUAACAUUACUAAUGCAGACAAGUGUUUUUUGUCACCUACAUGUCCAUGUGCAGCAUAGAUUGAGUAAUGGUAACUUGGGUCUGUGAGGUUCUGUAAAUUAGUGCUAAUGUUCUGUACAGCCUGAACUGGCAGGAAUACGAUGUUCAACUACACCCUUUCAACCACUAAAGCAAAACUUAAAAGUUGCAAAAUUGUGAAGUUUUUACAUUGAUCUUUUGCUAAUGCAAUUAGCAGUAUGUUUUGCAUGUAUGACUUAAUAAAUCCUUGAAUCACA